CUCAGCAGAUUUUACCAUGCGGGGCAAGGAUGAUGAAUAUGAUUACCUGUUCAAAAUUGUCCUCAUUGGGGACUCGGGAGUAGGGAAGAGCAACCUGCUCUCGCGAUUCACCCGGAACGAGUUCAACCUGGAGAGUAAAAGCACCAUUGGGGUUGAGUUUGCCACGCGCAGCAUCCAAGUGGAUAACAAGACUGUGAAAGCCCAGAUCUGGGAUACUGCUGGACAAGAACGCUACCGUGCCAUUACCUCUGCUUACUACCGAGGGGCAGUUGGGGCGCUUCUGGUUUAUGACAUCGCCAAGUACCUAACCUACGAGAACGCGGAGCGCUGGCUGAAGGAACUGCAGGACCACGCAGACACGAACAUCGUCAUUAUGUUGGUGGGAAAUAAGAGCGAUCUGCGACAUCUACGGGCCGUGCCCACCGAUGAGGCCAGAAGCUUUGCAGAAAAGAACGGCUUGUCAUUCAUAGAAACGUCGGCUCUGGAUUCUACUAAUGUGGAGACUGCCUUUCACAACAUCCUCGCAGAAAUCUACCGGAUUGUGUCCCAAAGGCAAAUUGCCAGUGGGCAGGCGGAGACAGAAUUCAGUCCCAGCAGCACCAUCGAACCCAUCAAAGUCCUGCCUACUCACCAGGAAGGGAAGCAAGCACCUUGCUGCCAGAAUAUAUAAUCUGCCAGGAUGGCGUGGGGAAGAGCAUGCUGGG